AUGCCGCCUGCAACAUCCUCCGACACUACCAAAUCCGCUCGCCAGCACGCCUGGAGCACCACCAGCGUCGUGAGCGGCAGCACAAGUGGAGGCCACCAUCAACAUCAUCAACGAGACCAACAACCGCAGCACUACGGGCAGCCUCAGAGUGGCGCCAGGAAGGAAGCCGGCGCGGCGACGGUGCAGCAAUGGCUGGACACCGACCAACCCGCCCGAGAGGACGUACUGGAUCGCGUGGAGCGGGCAUUUGCGCAUGCCAAGGACAAGCGUGAGGGUGAGGCGAAGAUGAAGAUGAAGACGAAGUUGUGA